GUUGUCGCCGGGUACCUUCUGGCUCACCCGCAUCGUGCUGCUGCGCGCCGUAGCGCUGCUGUACCGUGAGUGUCCGGGCGCUGCCGCCGCGCCGCGUUCUCUCUCCAGGGAGCGGGUGGGGGACGGCCCGGCGCUGCGGGCGGCCCGGCUCGCUGCCAGCAGAGCCGCGGGAAUUCCUGAGGGUUUGGGGCUUCUCGUGGUUCUGCGCGCUGCCGCGGGUCAGUUGUGGCCUUCCUGGUGGCGUACCAUCAAAACAAGCAGCUGAUAGGAGAAAAGGGGCUGCUCCCAUGUAAACUAUACCUGCAGAAUGUCAAAAAGUAUUUCAAAGGGAAGAUAAACCUGGAUGCCCUCAGCUAUGCCCCAACAAUCAUCUGGUUUCUGGACUGGUCAGAUAUGGACAGCAUCUUGGACUACAUCUCCCUGCUUGGUCUGGUGAUUUCAGCCUUUGUAUUGAUAACUGGAUGUGCAAACAUGGUCCUGAUGGCUGUCCUGUGGGUCCUCUACCUCUCAUUGGUCAAUGUCGGACAGAUCUGGUAUUCCUUUGGAUGGGAGUCACAGCUCCUGGAGACCGGGUUCCUGGGGAUGUUCCUCUGCCCACUCUGGACCCUGUCCCGGCUGCCCCGUUCCACGCCUCCAUCCAGCAUCGUCAUCUGGGGCUUCCGCUGGCUGAUCUUCAGGAUCAUGCUGGGAGCGGGGUUGAUUAAAAUUCGAGGGGAUCACUGCUGGAGAGACUUAACUUGCAUGAAUUAUCACUAUGAGACCCAGCCGGUGCCCAACCCCAUCGCCUACUUUAUGCACUGCUCACCAGGCUGGUUUCAUCAGUUCGAGACACUCUUCAACCACUUCAUCGAGCUGGUGGUGCCCUUUUUCAUCUUCAUGGGACGAAGGAUGUGCAUGGUGCAUGGCGUUCUGCAGAUCCUUUUCCAGGUGCUGCUCAUCAUCAGUGGGAACCUGAGCUUCCUCAACUGGCUGACCAUCGUGCCCAGCAUCGCCUGCUUCGAUGACCGCAGCCUGGCCUUCCUGUUCAGCCCCAGGCGUGGGGGGGUGAAGGAUCGUGUGCUGCAGCUGCAGGGCAGUGGUGAGCAGCCCCCCCCAGGGCUCGGAUGCCACAUCCGCAGGGUGGUGAACAUCUCCUUUGGGCUCCUGAUCGCCUACCUCAGCGUGCCUGUUGUCAUCAACCUGCUCAGCUCCAGACAGGUCAUGAAUACAUCCUUCAACCCUCUCAGGAUAGUCAACACCUACGGAGCUUUUGGAAGCAUCACCAAGGAGAGAACCGAAGUCAUCCUUCAGGGGACAUCCAGCCCAGACCCCAACGACCCCGCUGCUGUCUGGCAGGAGUUUGACUUCAAGUGCAAGCCUGGGGACCUGUGGCGACGGCCAUGCUUCAUCUCCCCCUACCACUACCGCCUGGACUGGCUGAUGUGGUUCGCGGCCUUCCAGACCUAUGAACAGAAUGAGUGGAUCAUCCACCUGGCAGGGAAGCUGCUGGCCCAGGAGGAGGAGGCCUUGUCCCUGAUAGCAAUGAACCCAUUCGCAGGCAAGGAUCCCCCACGGUGGAUCCGAGGGGAACAUUUCAAGUACAAAUUCAGCAAGCCUGGAGGAGCGCACGCUGCAGAGGGCAAGUGGUGGAUUCGGAAGAGGAUCGGCCCCUACUUCCCCCCUGUCAACCUCCAGGGCCUGAGGAAGUUUUAUGAAGACAGGAAUUGGCCGUACCCGGUGCGGGACUGAUGGAGAGGAGCGAGACAGGUCCAGAGUGACCGGCUGGGAGAGCCGUCAGCUCCCUUAUGAAUCACACUUCUUCCCUAUCUCUGUAUUUUUUUUACAUAUCCUUGUUUACACAUAUUUUACAGGAGGUUUCCAGACAACCUGUCCACCUGCUGCUGUGGUCUGGUUUUUCUCAUCUUUCUCUUCCUUUCUGUUUGUCUUUCUCCUCGUGGCCAGCCCGAUGAUUAAUUUCUUUUGUCAGGCUGCUCCAUUAGAAAAUCAUCAGCUCUAGAGUCAGGAAAAAGGUGAACAAAUACUAAGUCAAGUUAAUAUGUCCAAUUUGGCACAUUUCAGAUUUGCAACAAGCACUUGUGAAGUGGAUUUUAAUACUUCUGCUGAUGCUGGAAUUUCACUUUAUUGCCAGACAGACCCAAAAUGGACAAAAAUUAUCAAAUGUAUUUUAGGGGGAAAGGUUAGGUAAAAGUAAAGCCUCCCUCCCCUUUCUCAGUGCUGUCUACUUUACAAAAAGCUCUCAGGGCCACACUCAAGACUCAUACAAAUGUAAAUCUGUGCAUUUUAAGACACUUCUUGCAUUGAUGGGGAUGUAGACAGUGUGAAUGUAGACAGUGAAGCAGCCAGAGGAGCAGUUCCCUUUACAAUGCACCUCACUUAGAGGAGGCACAGGGUACUUCACCAUUGCAUCCCACCUCAUCCUACCCUGUCCCCAUCCCUGUCCCAUCCUAAACCAUGCUCAUUCCCAUCCCAUCUCAAAAUAUCCCAUCCCUAUCCCAUCCCAUUUCUAACCAUCCAGUCGCAGUCCCCACGUGUGCUGUUGGCACACACAGAGGUCACACCAGCCUCAGCCAAUUCACUGAGCCCUUAAAGCUUCUUUCUUCCAGAUAUUCCUGUCCCUGAGCCACCUUCAGCAUCACGCUGGGAAGGUCCUGCUCAGCACCCCCCGAUCACAGGGCAGCAAUCUACACCUGGAGCCACGGAUUCUGCAGCACAGAGGGAACUGUCCCUGGGCUGGGGGAACCCUGGUGGGACAGAUGGGGUGAUCCUGCAUUCCCCCUGUUCUUUGCUCCUGAGCCUGCCCUCCUCCUGGUUUGUGUUUAACGUCACCCCAAAUGGUCUGACCAUGUGGGUGCAGCUCCGUGAGCCCACACCGGGGACAUGGGGGGAGGAUGGGAACAAGCAGCGCGUGGACAGCUUCUGGAAGCAACGGGUUGUGGCAAUAAUUGCUUUCUUGUUAGCA